AUGACAACAUUUGAUGAUUUACCAAAUGAAUUACUUGUUACACUAUUCAAAGAUUAUAUUUCAUCACUCGAUAUAAUUUAUUUAUUUUGGAAAUUAAAUUCUCAUUUAAAAUAUUUAAUUGAACGUUAUUUAUGUGUACAACAUUUGAAUUUGACAAAUAUUAUAUCAUUUGACUUUGAACAAUUUGUUUGGAAACAAAUCAAAAUCACUCCUAUAAUAUGGUUAAAACAGUUACAAAUAGAUGAUUAUGAUUGUAAUCGAUUUCAAAUAUUAGAUUUUAUGACAAAUAUAAGAAAAUUUUGUGUUAAAGAUAUUCCAAUGGUAAAAACUGCUCCACUCUAUUCAAAUUUACAAUAUAUGCCAAAUUUAAU